AUGGAGUCUAUCUCACCCCCCAAUGCUCAGCCCGGGGUUCAACCAAAUGAUGAGGAUGCUAAGCGGGCACAAGAGGAACAAAUGAAGCGAGAUCUCCUCGCCACUGUCCUUGAUACAGGAGCCAGGGAACGCUUAUCACGGAUUGCCCUCGUCAGCCCAGAGAGAUCGAAGCAGAUUGAGAUGAUUCUGCUUCGAAUGGCACAGUCAGGACAACUUCGAGGGCGCGUAAGCGAGGAACAGCUUAUCGACUUGCUCGACCAAAUGGAGGCAGCGCAAGGGAAGGUGAACUCAAAAAAGCCUACUAUCGUGUACCACCGGCGGAAAGGCCUUGAUGACGACUUCGACAUAUAA